UUGGUCGAAAUCUGACGUACAGGUCACGUGACGCAAGUAGAUACAAACGCCUUCCACGCUACUUGACAGCAUCAAGACUCGGUGGAGCCAAACCGACUUGCACUAUGGAGAUGACGACCCGAGAGAGCGACAACGAUGCGGGCGACAGUCCCGCCGAGGAGGAGAGGAAAAGCUCUUCCCCUGCGGGAGCGCCUCGGCACCGUCAUCCGUUCAGCGUGGAGGCGAUCAUGUCCGGGAGGACGACGGCGUCGAGACGCGAGGGAAAGCCCGCUGGGUGCGAGGCGGAGGCCGGAUCGGUGGCGGUGGUGUCGCCGACAUUUGGCUCCAUUUCUGUAUGCGGGGAUGCCGCCACCCAGAGCCGGAACAACUACCCGGGAGCGUCCUCGUCGCCGGUCAAGUCCGAAUCAUCCGAAUCGGAAGACUGGAUGCUCUCCUCUCAGCCUAAUCACGUCAGUCCCGCGUGCCAGUUGAGGAAACACAAGUCCAACCGUAAGCCGCGCACACCCUUCACCACGUCCCAGCUCCUGGCUCUGGAGAGGAAGUUCCGGCAGAAGCAGUACCUGUCCAUAGCCGAACGGGCCGAGUUCUCAUCGUCCCUCACCCUGACGGAGACCCAGGUGAAAAUCUGGUUCCAGAACCGCCGCGCCAAAGCCAAGAGGCUCCAAGAGGCCGAGCUGGAAAAAGUGAAGAUGGUCGCCACGGCCAAAUCGCCGGCAGCGGCGCUGGUUCAGCCCGGCUUCCGAUUGCCACUGACACUUGGCGCCAUGUCACUAUACGGACAGUCCUUCGCGUAUCACCACAGAGCCAUGGUCCCCUUUUCGCCGUUAGGACUGUACGGCGCUCCUCUGGGCUAUGGCAUGUACCACUUGUCAUAAGAAUGGGAUUAUCGCUGACUUUGAGGAGGACUCCUUUAGGAUGCCGGACUGACUUUAAACAUGUUUAUAGCCACAUGAGGAGAUCUCAUAUUCUACCCAUGGUGGAGAUUGUAAAACUGCCUAGACAAGAUCCCGGUCACAAGAAGUCUCACUCGCCAAUUCAUGUUUAUUACACACAUGCACUGGACACUCAAUGGAUAGCCUAAUGUGCCUUAUGUCCACAAGUGCCUUUACAUAAAGAGUAGUACAAGUCAUCCUGUUUACCGCGGGGUAUACAUUCGAGACCAGAGCCGCAAUCAAGAGACCAUAUAAAAAAAAGUUUUCUUUUUUUUUUUUUUUUUUUUUUAGAUGUUGUUGUACCCAACUCACUUUUAAAACACACGUAACUUAUUAAAGCAGACUUUUUAAUGUAUUUCUGAACACCUGUUUUCACUCUCCCUCACACAGUUCUCUUAAUAAGAGGCACAGUGUGCGUGCUUCAAGCUCUUCAAUUGUCACUCACAGUUAAGUUUAUUGCAUUGAAAUCCCAUUCAAUCAUUUCAGAUCCCCUGAAACUGCUUUGUCAUGUUAUUUUUAAUAAAGAAAAAUACCACUCUAUGCACUCUAUGUUAUAAAAACUGUAAUUUCAUAAAUACAGCUCAAAAGAAUUAAGCACACUCUCUUUCAACGCUGCUCAUUCUGGUGUGUGCUCCCUGGCCACCUGAGGGCAGUAUAGGACGCCGGCUAGAUAAACUGUAAGGGAGACUCAGCUUCUCCUUUGGUUUCUCAGUACAACAGUAAUAUGACUCUUUUUCGUUAAGCAUAAAAAAAUAUGCCUGUGAGAAUUGAUAUAUUAUAUGGCUACAUGUGCUUCAGCACCGUUUGUGUUCAGAUAUGUAUUACUUAAAGGGCAAAAACAUAGGCAAAUACUCUAGAUACUAUUUGUUAGCCCAUCUAUGGAGUUUCCCUUUGUACGUUAGCAUUUAGGUAGUUGAGGUGAUAUGAUUGAUCACACACUAUAUAACUUUCUUUGUUUUAUUUGACAGUCACUUUCAUCUGAGAGUGGCAUUAAAUGGUCGUAAGCCAUUUUUUUUAAAGAAUACUUAUUAAUUCUAUCUGCCAAACUGCUUCUAUACAGCAAUCGUAUUUUAAGUUUGCACUUCAAAAGCAAAACGUCAGCCAAUCGACGCCUCAUAACUUGAAAAACUAAGAGGUCAUCCUACUGGUAUGUCAGAGAACCACUGUAUAUCCAAACACCAAAAUGUCUGCUCAGACCACAUGAUUUUGUCAGCUAGAUUAACGCUAACAAAUAACGCGAAACACCAUAGACUGGCUAACAAACUAACAUUCAGUGGAUAUGACAGUAAUUAUGAAUCCUCAAACAACUGCUACUUGUAACAUACAAUCAGAUCAUACAGCAAUACCCACAGGUAAAUCCCUGCUCGAUGGGAACGGCAAUUACGUGUCACUAGAACAUUUUUGGGCAA